AUGGAUGACAAAAUGUCACGUCGUCCUUUAACUUCUUACAUGGAUCCGCAAGAUACCUUGUUAAUAUCCAACCAGACAAUUUCUGACGUCAAAAUGCCAACGAGUGCUUUACGGACGGCUUACGAUUACAUUUUCGAACCGGAGGAGCCAUUUCACGGACAUAUUUAUGUGAAGGGAUAUUUUAUGCAUGAAAGCUGUCAUUCAGAUUAUACGUGGAAUCCAACUGUCAGCUCAUUUUCUUUCAGUGUUUUCUACAGAAGUGACUGUCAUGUGAAAUGCGAAAUAGAGAGAGAACCAUCAGGUAUCAGCUGUCACAUAGUUGUCAUCGUUCAACAUCACUAUUUAUUUCUAACACAAGCGUAUAGUGCAUAUAGUGCUAGCUGCUUCUAUCAGAGUGGCUUCGACUUUAACAUGGAAGUCGG